AUUUAUUGUUCCGGGCCAGGAGACUCCAGGGGACAGCUGUGUCGUCACCAUGGCUCCAAAGAAGGCCAAGAAGAGGGCGGAGGGCGCCAACUCCAACGUCUUCUCCAUGUUCGAGCAGACCCAGAUCCAGGAGUUCAAGGAGGCCUUCACCAUCAUGGACCAGAACAGGGACGGCUUCAUUGACAAAAACGACCUGAGGGACACCUUCGCUGCUCUCGGACGAGUGAACGUGAAGAAUGAGGAGAUCGAUGAAAUGAUCAAGGAGGCUCCGGGGCCCAUUAACUUCACCGUGUUCCUGACGAUGUUCGGGGAGAAACUGAAGGGCGCAGACCCCGAGGAGACUAUUCUCAACGCGUUCAAAGUGUUCGACCCUGAAGGCAAAGGGGUCCUCAAGGCUGACUACGUGCAGGAGAUGCUGACCACACAGGCCGAGCGGUUCUCCAAGGAGGAGGUGGACCAGAUGUUCGCCGCCUUCCCCCCUGACGUCACGGGCAGCCUGGACUACAAGAACCUGGUGCACAUCAUCACGCACGGGGAAGAGAAGGACUGAGCGGGGCGUGGCCGGACACUGCCCGCCCUGCCCUGGCCUCCCGCCUCCUCCCCCCCACCCAGGCCCUCCUGUUGCAGGUGGGUGGGGGGCGGGGAGCGAUGUUGCUGGAUGCGGCGAAUCUUACCUGGCGUGGCGGGACGCGAACCCGCGCACAGGCCCAGGCUGGGGCUAAUAAACAGGAGGGCGAGA